AUGCCCAUCACUCGGAAACAACGAGCCUUGUUGGAUGCGGUUGAUGCCCCGGAAGCAAGUACUGCUCCUGGAAAUUCAACCAAACCAACCAAGCCAUACAAAAGAAAGGGGAGUGAGAGAUCAUCUGUCCCUCCAUCUGAGCCUAGUCUGGCAUACAAUGCCCCCGCGACAGAACAGAAGCCUGUGGCCAAGACGACCAAGAAGACCAGCACAACUGCUCAGAAGAAGGUCAGCUCAAACGCCCCAGAGACCACCAAAGGUGAUAAAGCUGAAGGACCCUCUAAAAGCAAUCCGCCUGCCACAUUUUCUGAAAACCUGAGCCAUGCCGGCGUGGUUAUGGCAGGUGUCAACGCAGGCGAAGCCAAAAUGGUUGAGAUCACCAAAUCGGGCAUGAAAUAUUACCCGGCACCUUCUUCUGGGAAGCGUCCUCGCAACUGGCCUGAGGAACCUCCAAAAGCCUUUCUGGAUAGGGCAUAUCGUGCGCAAACUGAAAAGAUGUUCAUCGUCAACCAUACUCUUGGCCAUGUGGGCAAUGUACCAGUGGUCACCUUUGACAUUGUGGGAACCACCGGCAAUCUCUACAAAACACAUAUUGAAAAAGUCCCCAGGUGUGACUGUCCCGACUCAAGAUACCGGAGGGGCUUGAGCCAGUGCAAACAUAUCAUAUACGGCACCCGAGGAACUUUAAUUUCAGAUGUCUUUUCUCCCUCUCGUAUGUUAAUGACCACCCAGGAUACUAUCAUUCGAUAUCCUUACAUGUCUUUAAUUCAUUUGGCCAUGCUACAGGAACUGUCCAGAAUGCUGGUUGCCUCUCCGCUACACAACGAUGAGCUAGUAUCUUCAGAAAAGGUCGUCCAAGCCCGAAAGCCAGUUGAAGGCCCUUGUCCAGUUUGUUCCAUGGAUUUCAACUCCAUCGAAGAAGUCACCUGGUGCAGGGUUAGAUGCGGGAAUAACAUACACAAGCUCUGUUUUGAGCGGUGGGCAACCACUAACAAAGCAUCCGGCUUGGCCGUGCGCUGCGCCUACUGCCGCAUCCCAUGGAGAUUCACUGACCCUGGUCCGAACCUUGAACGCCUCCGGGAAGGUGGCUUCCACGGCAAAAAUGGCUACGUCAAUGUCGGCGACAUAUUUGGGAUUGGGGAUUCCAAUGUGGGAUUUAAUUCUUCCACGAGUGCUAACAAUCCGCCAAGUCCUAACGCUUAG